AUGCCUCCUCUGAAGAUCCAACUCCCCGAAGGCGGCAACCUAGUCUACUCCACAAUAGACGGCCACGACAUCAAACUGGACUACUACCUACCGCGCAACCCAACGAGCGUCCACCUCCCUGCUAUAAUCUACUACCACGGGGGCGAUUCAGCAGCUGGAGCGGCGGUGUUUGGAGAUUCAGGAGGAUUCAAUUUGGAGCGGUGUCGGACGCGGUGCGAGGAGUUGGAGCGGGUUUAUUAUGAUUAUUCUUAGGGGGUAGGAAGAUUAUUCAUACCAUGGGGAGGGGAGGCGGGACAGGUCCGUUCUUCUGGAUGGAUGCAUAGGGCAUGUUUCAGC